GGGGCUUGCGCCGGGGCGGACAGGCGCGGCUUGGAGUCCCGUUAGAAGUAGCGCGGAUCCCGCGGAGAGCCCAACCGGCGCAGGAGGAGCGACCUGCCGUGCCCAGUCCGCCGGGAAGAUGCCCAAAACGAUCAGCGUGCGUGUUACUACUAUGGAUGCUGAGCUGGAAUUUGCCAUCCAGCCCAACACUACAGGGAAGCAACUCUUUGAUCAGGUCGUCAAGACAAUUGGUCUAAGAGAGGUCUGGUUUUUUGGACUUCAGUAUCAGGACACCAAGGGCUUCUCAACAUGGCUGAAGUUGAACAAAAAGGUAACAGCACAGGACGUACGUAAAGAAAGCCCCCUGCUUUUCAAAUUCCGUGCCAAGUUCUACCCAGAGGAUGUGGCAGAAGAGCUGAUCCAGGACAUCACACAGCGCCUUUUCUUCCUUCAAGUGAAGGAGGCAAUUCUGAACGAUGACAUUUAUUGCCCUCCUGAAACAGCUGUCCUUCUGGCUUCUUAUGCUGUCCAGUCAAAAUACGGAGACUUCAACAAAGAGGUGCACAAGUCUGGCUACCUUGCUAGUGACAAACUGCUCCCACAGAGAGUUCUCGAGCAGCACAAGCUUAACAAGGACCAAUGGGAGGAGAGGAUCCAGGUGUGGCAUGAGGAGCAUCGAGGAAUGAUUAGAGAAGAUGCUGUCUUGGAGUACCUGAAAAUUGCGCAGGACCUGGAGAUGUAUGGUGUGAACUACUUCAGCAUUAAGAACAAGAAGGGCUCUGAACUCUGGCUAGGCGUAGAUGCUCUUGGACUCAACAUUUACGAGCAGAAUGACAGGCUGACACCGAAAAUUGGAUUCCCUUGGAGUGAGAUCAGAAAUAUCUCAUUCAAUGACAAGAAAUUUGUUAUCAAGCCUAUUGACAAGAAAGCACCAGACUUUGUAUUCUAUGCCCCUCGGUUACGGAUUAACAAACGAAUCUUGGCACUUUGUAUGGGGAACCAUGAGCUCUACAUGCGCAGACGUAAACCAGAUACCAUUGAGGUGCAGCAGAUGAAAGCACAAGCUCGGGAAGAGAAGCAUCAGAAACAAAUGGAGAGAGCCCUGCUGGAGAAUGAGAAGAAGAAGAGGGAGUUGGCAGAAAAGGAGAAGGAGAAGAUUGAACGUGAGAAGGAAGAGCUAAUGGAGAGACUCAAGCAAAUUGAGGAGCAAACCAAGAAAGCUCAGCAAGAACUGGAAGAACAAACCCGCAGAGCUAUGGAGCUGGAACAGGAGAGGAAACGAGCUCAGGAGGAAGCAGAGAAACUGGCUAAAGAACGUAGAGAAGCAGAAGAGGCAAAGGAGGCCCUAUUGAAAGCAUCCCACGAUCAACAAAAGACCCAGGAACAGCUGGCUGCUGAGAUGGCAGAACUCACAGCUAGAAUCACACAGCUGGAGCUGGCCAGGCAGAAGAAAGAGAGCGAGGCCCACGAGUGGCAACAGAAGGCACAGAUGGUGCAGGAGGACCUAGAAAAGACCAAAGAGGAGCUGAAGACUGCCAUGAGCACCCCUCACGUCACUGAGCCCAUGCACGCUGAGAAUGAGCAUGAUGAUGAGCAGGAUGAGAACGCAGCAGAAGCCAGUGCUGAGCUGCGGUCAGAGGCCACCAUCAAGGACCGCAGUGAGGAACAACGCACCACUGAAGCGGAGAAGAACGAACGGGUCCAGAAGCACUUGAAGGCUCUUUCCUCAGAGCUGGCAAAUGCUCGGGAUGAAACCAAGAAGACAGCCAAUGAUAUGAUCCACGCUGAGAACAUGCGUCUAGGCCGAGACAAGUACAAGACCCUCCGUCAGAUUCGGCAGGGCAACACCAAGCAGCGCAUCGAUGAAUUUGAGUCCAUGUAAACUCUCCCUGCACCUGCUGCCCUGCACUCUCUUCUCCUCUCUUUCCCAUCCUCUCCCAUCAUUCACUCCUAAUCGUGCUACGCUGGAACCACUACAGAAGAGUGACCAUGGUCUUAUUUAUCAAGUUUUGGGCAAAUGCUGGAGUUAAGCAACAGAAGAAAGAAUAGUAUUUACAUCUUCCUGGGGUGGCUUGUUGAAGCAAAGAUGUACUGGGGCAAAUCUGAAAUUGCUUGGCUUUGGGUAAAGUCUCACUGCAUGUAGUUUUGCAUUCCUUACUGAAGUGGCUGUGUUGCUGUCCUCUCCCGCUGGGUGAAGAGGCCAGCAGAUGCUUUCACUGAAUUAUGUACAGUAAAGUGCUAAGUUUGACACUGUGCCUUCCUACUAACUUGUGCAAGCUUCAGUAUUAAGCUUAGUAGCCAGGGUCUGAAUUUCUGAUGAUACAGGGUCUGAAUCAUGUAGUUGAGAAGGGGAGGAUGGAGCUUGGGAAGAAGGGUUAGAGAUAAAUACGGACUUCCUAAAAGACCAAAGCUUUUGUCCUUCAAACAUAAGCAGACCAAACAGAUUCUGUGUUGUUCCUGCUGGUGUUGUCUUUAUUGUUUAAUGAUGGAAUUUUGAAUUUCUAAUCAUGCAGAGGCCUUUGGAAUAUUUCCACUGAUGCAGUGUGGUUUGGAGCCUUGAAUUCCCUGCUUUCCAGAAGUUUUGUCUCUGGUAAAUGGCUUUGUUCACUGUCAUUUGUCUGACUUGAAUGUAACCAGUGAGGCAGAGAUAGCUAAAAACCACUGCCUUCUUUUUGGGUUUGCCAAUGGAAACCUAAAGGGGUAGGUAAAAAAAGGACUGAAGACUGAACAUUUUUGUAGCUGUAUUUUCCCAUUCUGAACCAGGAUAUUUCUAGUCCUGUGAAUACAAGUUCAGGUUUUUCCAUAAGAGGCCUUUUUAACACAUAGUCAUUUGUGCCUUAUGACUGUGUUUAGUUCUACUGUGGCUCAGAUAUCUUUAGUUUAAACUAGAUGCAAUCAUGAAAAUUGAUCAGCAGCUGGGGACCAAAAAAUACUCUUACCUGGGUCAUGUACAAGACUAUAUCUGUCUUCCUGGCUUCAAGCAGCAUUUGAGGUGAGAGGAUCCUGAGAUACUUGUCCAAUUGCUGCCUUAAUCCUCACUAGCAUUCUGCCAGCUCCCUGACUUGAGUGCUUUUCCUUCCCCAGAAGGAUGCUUUGCCCCUUUGUAGCUUUGAGAACAGAAGGCUUUGUCUGUUAGAAGUGGUUGUGAGACUGGUCCCAAGAGCCAUGUGUACCAGUUAUUGUAUUACCCAUCACCUCCUGUCUUCCAAGCUAUCCAUGCUGUAGCUAGCCAGAAUCCUUCCUGCCAUUUCUGGGGAGGAAACAGCCAUGUACGCUCAGGGUUGAAUUGGAUAUUUGCCUUGAUCCUUCAUAGAAGGAAAUGUAAACCUUCGGAAGAGGCCUCUUAAGAAUGGAUUCCACCUACAAUGGAGUCCUCCUUUGCUUUGCCCUCCUUGGGUUAGCCUGUCUCCAUAGGAGGUCAUCAGGCUAGCCUGUGACUUACUUUCUUGCCUAGCAUGAUCCUAAAUCUUGUGACUUUCUCAGUUUUAUGGAUUCCCCCUUUGUAUGGUAUCACUGCUAGUGGUGAUAGAAGGAAAACAUCUGAAUGUUGGAGCGUUUUCAGCUCCUUGCUCUAUGGGAAAGGUAAAGGGGGACUGUGCCAAAAAGAAAUGUUCCUGAUAGUGUUAAUAAACUGCAGUAUUUCCCCAAGGAUUCCUUGGGCUGUUGGAUUCAACCUUACCAGUGCUGUAUUAUGUUUUGGAAGCAAUACAAGUCUGUGUGGAGAUCCAUACAAAUGCCAACCAGCCAACCUCUGUUAGGAGCAUAGCUUAGCAUGUUCCUAACCCUGGAUGCCUUUGGAACAUCCAGGGAGGUCAUGUAGAAGCCCCCUUCUCUUCCCUGGACACAACAUGGUUUUGGGGGAUCACGACAUGGUUGGCCAAAGUAGUUUGAAACCCACAAAUGAAAGAUUGCAGUUAAUUUGUUGGAACUGAUGGGUGUAUUUCUGUACUGAAGGGUUACUGGCACUGGCUCUAUGUGAGUCUCAUUACUGGGGGAGCAGACAACCUUUACACUUCUGUUUUGGUGCUUUAAAGCUGGUUCUCAGCACUUCUGCUCUGUCCAUUGCAACUGUUGAUGCAUUUUGGGGUGAGAAAAGCCUUUAUUACAUUUUAGCAGCUUCCUAACAAGCUGACGUAUGGUGCCUGGAAUAUGUGUUCAAAUAAUAAACCAGUAAACCUUUUUUGCUCUGGGUCACACCACACUGCUGAGAUCAUGUAUUAUGAUGCUGGCAUGACUUCUGUUUAUAGGGUUUUUUAAUCGUUCUGAUUCCAAAUGGUCCAAUAUAGGAAUAGAACGGCUUGUGCCAGUGAGUCUACUUAACUCUUUGUAGUUGUUUCAGCCCUGCCUUCUUCUUAACCAGUAUUAUAUUCCAGUGGUAUCUAAUGAUAUUUGAUUUCAAUACUUCUAGCUAUGCACAAUUAGAAAAUAUUAGUCCUGGGAUGGAGGCUAUGGUUGUGGUCCUCCUUCCCUUGGAAAUGUAUACUGUAUUGUAAAGAAAUGAUAUUUUGCAAGAAAACUAAUGUAAGAAGCUUUCAGUAUUAUGGUGAGAUUUGUAGACACGGUUUUUUAUUUGUUAGAAUACAGUGAAUUGUUCUUCUUCCUCUCCAUGUUCCAGUUUCAUUGGAUAACUGCUCCUCUUGGGGAUGGGGGAAGUACUUUAUCAAAUGUUUGCCUGGCUUGGUUUUUGGUGUUUUUUUUCCUUGUUUUAUUUUUUUUGGUUGCUGUAAAUUAUGUUUUUGACCAGUCUUUUUACUGGAUUAUAAUAAAACAUCAGUUCCUUAAGGUUAUGGAGUAAUUCAUGGGUCCAUGUGCUUAUCUGCAGACAGAACCUUGGUAUUAAGGCAUUUUUUUUCCUGUUUGGAGGAGUUGUUAAAAUCCAUACCCUUUUCUUCCUAAAGUGCCAAUAAAGUUCAGAGAAAUU